UCCGGGACAGUUCCGGGAGGGUGUCCUGGGCGGGCCCUGCGUCGGGUCGCAGUUUCACUUUUAGGUUUGGGCACCUCCGCGGAAUUCCGCUCGCCGGACAGCUCCCAGGGAGACCAGACGCGCCCCUCGGGCCACCGACGGUCACGGAGCAUGGGGUCAGCCUUUGAGUGGGUGGUCCGGAGAGUGGUCCAGGAGCUGGACCGCAGUGGGGAGCUCAUCCCCAUGACCAGCCCAAAGGACUCCCCUGGCUUCCAGCCCUACUUCCUGGUGGUCAGGAAGCCCUCAAGCUCAUGGUUCUGGAAACCCUGUUAUAAGCCUCUCAACCUGUCAAUCAAGGACAUCCUGGAGCCGGAUGCCCCAGAACCAGAUUUGCAGCGUGGCAGCACCUUCCACUUCUACGACGCCGUGGAUGGGCAGCUACGGGGCGGCGUGGAGCUGUCAGCCCCAGGACAGGCGAAGAUCGCAGGCGGGGCCUCGGUGUCUGACAGCUCCAGCACCUCAAUGCAUGUGUACUCACUGAGUGUGGACCCGAACACCUGGCAGACCCUGCUCCAUGAGAGGCACCUGCAGCAGCCAGAGCACAAAAUCCUGCAGCAGCUGCGGAGCCGCGGGGACAACGUGUAUGUGGUGACGGAGGUGCUACAGACGCAGAAGGAGGUGGAAGUCACACAGACCCACAAGCGGGAGGGUUCGGGCCAGUUUUCCCUGCCGGGAGCCAUGUGCUUGCAGGGUGAGGGCCAGGGCCACCUGAGCCAGAAGAAGACGGUCACCAUCCCCUCGGGCAGCAUCCUCGCAUUCCGAGUGGCCCAGCUGGUUAUUAACUCUGACUUGGACAUCCUUCUCUUCCCGGAUAAGAAGCAGAGGACCUUCCAGCCGCCCCCGACAGGCCACAAGCCUUCCAGGAGUGUAGGCGCCUGGCCACAGCUGCCCUCAGUCCUCUCCAUGAUGGGGUGCCUCCACAACUUCUCGGCAGAUGGGGUCCCUGCGGAGGGGACGUUCACUGAAGACUUCCAGGGCCUAAGGGCAGAGGUGGAGGCCAUCUCCAAGGAACUGGAGCUCUUGGACAGAGAGCUGUGCCAGCUGCUGCUGGAGGGCCUGGAGGGGGUGCUGCGGGACCAGCUGGCCCUGCGAGCCUUGGAGGAGGCGCUGGAGCAGGGCUCGAGCCUUGGGCCAGUGGAGCCCCUGGACGGUCCAGCAGGUGCUGUCCUGGAGUGCCUGGUGUUGGAAUCCAGAAUGCUGGUGCCAGAACUUGCCGUCCCCGUUGUCUACCUGCUGGGGGCGCUGACCAUGCUAAGUGAAACGCAGCACAAGCUGCUGGCGGAGGCGCUGGAGUCGCAGACCCUGUUGGGGCCACUCGAGCUGGUGGGCAGCCUCUUGGAGCAGAGUGCCCCAUGGCAGGAGCGCAGCACCGUGUCCCUGCCCCCCGGGCUCCUGGGGAGCAGCUGGGGUGAAGGGGCACCGGCCUGGGUCUUGCUGGAGGAGUGUGGCCUGGAGCUGGGGGAGGACACGCCCCACGUGUGCUGGGAGCCGCAGGCCCAGGGCCGCAUGUGUGCACUCUACGCCUCCCUGGCACUGCUAUCAGGACUGAGCCAGGAGCCCCACUAGCCUGUGCCCAGCAUGGCCUGGCAGCUCUCCAGCAGGGCAGAGUGUUUGCCCACCAGCUGCCAGCCCUAGGAAGGCCAGAAGCCCAGCAGCCACGUGGCCAGUCUACCAUGGGGCCCAGGAGCUGGGGAAACACAGUAAAGGUGGUGUACGAAGGAAA